AUGACACAAAUGGUGAUAUUUUCACUAAUUCUUUUUAGUUUCGUUAAUGUAAUGAAUGGAAAUGUACCUCUGCCUGCAAUAACACCUGAAUUUUGUAAUGCUACUGAGUACUAUGACCCAAUAUGUGUAAGAUGUCGAAAAUGUGGUAGAGAAGACACACAAAUGGGCAUGCAGCUGAAGGCUCAUGACGGAUCAUGUGCUUGCAAAUCUCAUUACUAUACAAAGGCUAGAAAAGGACCUCAUGAUGUAACAUGUGCAGCAUGUCCUGCUGGAACUCAACUAUCCAUAGAUGGAAGUAACUGUCUUGAGUGUCCUAAAAGCAAUCCAUAUAAUGAAACCAUAGGCGGCUGUGAACCUUGCAUAAAUGGAACAUUAGUUGAAGAUGGUGAAAAUAUCACCUGUAUACCUUGCCAAAACAGUAUAAGAGAUGAAAACGAUGGGACUAGGUAUAGUGUUUGCUCAAACCUCAAUUCUGUUAAUGCCAAGUAUUGUGCACAGAUAAAUAUGAUUUAUUCUGGAGGUUUUUGCUUGCCAACUGUCCAUUCAGAGACAUCAUUAGUUACCAUAAAAUUUCAGAAUGGAGAAACUGUACAGUCCGCUUUCUUAAAAGCACAUCUGAAUGCUGCUCUUUCCAACUGCAAGGAAAAUAAUGACACUGCUUGUCAAGUUCUUGCAAAUAUGUGUGUUAUGCUCAUGUAUAAAUUCAGCAUCGAAAAUAAUGCUUGCUCCGAGUUUCGGAAGUUGGCUGACAAGCGUUUGGAGGAGUGUCCUAAGCAAAAGUUAUGGUUGUAUUAUAUUGGUGAAACCAUUCAUGGGAAUGCAGUGAAAGAACUGAACAGAGGAAAUGUUCCAAACGUAUUUGCACCAUAUCCUGCAUUAGAAGCAUCCAAGCUCCAUAUUUAUGCUAUGAAGUAUGCUUUAAAUGGGACAUUUAUUGGGAUAAGUAAAUUAACUAGUGAUGAUAUUAAUUUGUGUCCAGAAGCUGGCAUGCAUGAAGAUCUACCCUUCAUUUUCGGUACUCAUGUUGAAAGAACUUGCAGUGUAUCUUUACAAAAGUUAUGGACUUCUUCAGAUAUGGUAUUUUAUGACCUAUAUUUGGCUAAUAAAAGUAAUAAAACUGAAUUUUAUCCAAUUCCUGUUCUCAUAAAAAGUAUAAAUGUAAACGGAGAACUUGUAAAUGCUGGAGAUGAUAAAACAAAAUGGUGGCUAGUAAGGCGAUUCUUCUUGACUGAUCAUAUAAGUGGCAUUCAAGAUGGUGUUAAACUUGUUGCGGAGCAUAAUCAACCAUAUGCCAAAGUAUUUAGAUAUGCUGCAAGAGUAUCACUGAAAAUUCGAAUGAAAACUCAAGAUAAGCCUGGUACAAUUUUUCCUCCAUUGCUGAUCAUUUCAUAUGCCGAAGCAGUUCCUGAUGAUUAUAUGCGAAAUAAAAGAGUUACAGUGCAGUUCUCAGUGUCAUAUGAAAGAAAUCAAGGAUCUGUCAUGAAAGGUGUAACGAUUGCUAUUUGUGUGCUUGGUGGGCUAUCUUUCUUUUGGUCAUGCUUGCAAACAUGGAGUUGGUUUCGACGCUCUGGGAAGCAUGCAAUUGACUUACUGACUCUGGGAAAAUUUAUUGUGUAUAUGAGUGGAAACCUUGCUACAGUUUUUUUCUUUGUCAUAUUCUGUGUGUGUUUAAAUUGGUUCAUAUUUUUUAAGAAACAAGAUGUUAUUCAUACUCUUUUACCUACACCUGAGCAAGUUAAAUUUGUAAGUGUGUACAUAGGACUAGCUUUUGCAAUGAAAACCAUUGAGCUCAUCCAUUUACUUUGUGUUCAAUGCACCAUCAACAUAUUUUUCAUUGAUUGGGAACGUCCAAGAGUUCGAGCUUCAACUACCAGUGCCCGUAAUGUGGCCGGCCCAAAGAAUGUUGCCGAGAGCUCCAUGGGUGGAGAGGGGAAAAAAAUUCCCGGAAUUGCAAAAGGAACUCCCGACAAAAUCAACACCGAAAUGGCCGGCAUCAGCAUUUGGCGAACAUACUUUGCAGCCAACGAGUGGACCGAAAUUCAAAGUAAACGAAAGUUGAGCCUCAGUGUCCAGGUUUUUGGUGUGCUCUUUUUCUUAAAAGUGCUUGAUUUUGAAAAGUUUGCUUCCUCUGGUCCAAGUUUUGAUAUUCCUUCCAGUGAUGUGAAUCAACUUGUGCCUUACAGUUCUUGUUGUCGAUUCGCUUUGGGUGCCUCCAUUUACAUAUCUUUGGCCCUCAUCCAAGUGAUAGUUCAAAAAGCGGUAUAUGAACGUUUUAUUGAAGACAAAUUGCAACAGUAUGUUGAUCUGUGUUCUGUCAGUAAUAUUAGUGUCUUCAUUCUGCUCACCAAAAGGUUUGGUUAUUAUAUUCAUGGACGAUCAGCACAUGGCAAAGCAGAUGUCAACAUGAAAGAGAUGCAUGAAUUCCUUAGGAAAGAAGAAGAAGAUUUAUGUGGACAUCGGGGCCUUUUACCUGACACAGAACAGCAAACCUUCCAAAUGAUUUUACCAUCCGGAGUGCAUGAUCAGUUUUUGAGAUUGCUGGUUCCUUUAACUUCCUAUAGUCAAGCUGCUGAUAGAAUGCAGGGAGUUGGAGGCAGACUUGCUAAAGUGGAUAUUGAUCGGGUUGCCAAUACUCAUUACAUGCUCAAUAAGUUUUUGUCAGGUUUUAUUGAACACUCAUUCAAAGAUCUUGAUUAUGUUGUGAAAGACAAAGUUCUACUGGAAAAUAUUUUUGAUGUGGAAUGUUAUGAAGUUGCAGAUAGGGGUUAUUUCUACAAUGAUGAUGGCCGCUCAUUCUCUUCCGUGCUUUUCUAUGGAAAUGAAACUGUCCUGUUGCUCUUUGAUGUACUGCUGUUCUCCGUAAUUGAUCUAGCCUCAUCAGACUUCGUUCUGGCAGCUGUAUUGACUUUUAUUUUUGCCAAGAUUAUUCAAGCUAUUCGACAGAGUGCCGGACGCAGAAAUCUGGUUAGAAAAGCACUUGUAGAUGAACGUUUUUUGACUUGAAACUGAUACCAAUAAUGCUGAAUAGUUACGAAAGUUUUGUAUUUUUGAGACCUUGUCCAUGUUCUUGCAGUGCAUUUUCUUAUGUCUUUCAAUCAUUCACUGUGUCUAUUGAAUUUCAAAUCAUGUUGUAAAAUUUGCUUUCAUCAUGAAUAAUUAAAUGUAUUGUAAAAUAUUGAGCUUUGCUAUUUGAAAAGUAUUAUUUACUAAAAAUGUAUUUUCAGAUAAACUAUUUUUUGUUGUUGUUUUUUUAUUUAAAAUGAAUGAAAUUGGAAAAAAACAUUUUUAAUCAGAAUUUGUCAUAUUUUUAAUGUGUUUACAAAUCCCCCGAACUUGUUUUGUUUUAAAAAUAUUUUGUAUUAUUUUUUAUACUUUUUAAUUAUUGUGCUCAGUUUUCAUGCAAUUUAAUUGUUUUGAACAUUUUGCAUAAGUCUAAGGCAUUAUAUAUGUUUUUUAACUUCAUACAGAGUUCCCAAAUUUUUGCUUAGGAGGAAAUCCUAAAUUUUUUGAAUAAAAUUCUAAAUUUUACUGAAUGAUAAAAUAAGAGUUUGCACACAUACCACACAUACAUAGCAGCUAAUGAGCAAGUACAUUAGACAAUAAAAAAUCAUAAUAAAAGUUCAUGAAAAAAUCAAAUCUUCAGCAUCGUGAGCCAAAUUUGCCGAAUAAGGAAACUUUGAAAGGUUAGAGUAACCUUCCAUUGUGAUGCUCCCGACUUCAUUCAAAAAAAAGGCUGAAAAAUGUAAAACUGAUGUGAGUAUUUUAAAAACCUGCCAUAUUAAAGAUAUUUCUUUUUUGUAAAAAGUUACUCCAUAUACAACUAACAUGAAUGUUUUGUUUUGUUUAAUUGAAACUUAUUGUGCAAUAUUUUUUUUCUGAGAAAUAUAUUUGGUUACCUUUAACAUUUUAAACAUUCUUUAUCUUUCUCGUUUAGAAACUAUCUGUAAAAUUAUGCAUAAUAUAUAUUUAUCUUUUAUUAAUAUCAAUUAACUUAAAUGUUCCAAAUGAAGAUCUACUUAAUGGUUAUUUUACUACUAUUAAUUUAAAGUGGUCAAACCAAGGACUUGCAUGAAAUUAAUAUGUUUCAAACAUAACUUGUGAAGCCCUGUGAAAUUUAAAAUAUUGUCUUGGUGAUCUGGAAAGUUUGAUCAUUAUAUCUUAUUUUGACUGUGCAUUUGUAAAUUGUAAAAAGUAAUAAAUUUUUC